AUGUCCCUUGAAAUCCGAAUUUCCAAUCCUACCAUCGUAUUAGAUGAUGAUGUGGAUACGCCAACCACGUUAUCUGGUGUCGUUGAACUUGAGCUCAAAGAGCCAAUGCGUCUUAAAGCAAUCAAGCUAACACUUGUCGGACGCACAAAGUUGCAGUGGCGGGAGAAUGUGGUCAAACGCACGAUCUUAACACGUGGAUGGAGUUUUCUGGAACACGAUCACCAUAAAAAAAGUACGAUACUACCAGCUGGCAACCACAGCUGGCCAUUUGAAACCACACUUCCCGACAAUCUUCCCGAAACCAUCCAGGGCAGUUCAUAUGGCGACAUUGGUUAUACGCUAAAAGCUGAAGGGGUCCGACCUUUUGUCGCUAAAAACUUGGUUGCGCGUAGCGGAAUUCGUAUAAUACGACGACCCAAUGUGCCGCAGCAACCUGUACGUGUGGCAGGCGAAUACAAUCAUCUCACCUAUGAAAUGGUAUCCCGCCAAUCGAUCCAUAAACGCAAUGACAGGUUGUUGAUCGACGUCUAUAUGAUGCACCAGCAAAACCCAUCAAUUCCUGUUUCCUCUAUUCAAUCCAUUACAACCAUUUUCAAAGAAAACAUCAGCAUUCUACCAUCAACGCAUGAUACACGUACAUUACGCUUCCUUCGAGAGAAUGGUACAAGCUUCUCACAGCGAAAUCAUACGGUUAUGGAUAUUCGGAUUCCUCGUUUUACCCAAUACGAUUCAUCCAACAACCUAUUUUCCAUUAAGCAUGAAGUCGAAUUCACAUUUACUAUGGCUGAUCAGCAAGAGUGUCGUGUAACGCUUCCCAUUAUUAUCGCACCUGAUGAGCUCGUACCAGCCUUACAUCGUGGUGGUAGUGAACAUGAUGAUGGCGAGCAAGAAGAAUGGUUACCAAGUUAUGCAGAUGCCUUGUUGCCGCCCAUGUACAUGGAACAUGAUUUAUCACCCUUUUCAUCACCGGCAAGUUCGGCUGCUACAACACCUGCUGAUGAGCCGGACGAUUGGUUGGCUGCUGAUACAACCACUAUUGACAGCCAUUAUUUAGCUACAGCAUUAAUGGAUCCCACAUGCCGUCGCGUUCGCUUACCUUCUUAUGACACCGCAAUGAUGAUGCCAACAACAACAGCAACGCCUGCUUUUUGA